CAGAGUGGAGUCGGUAUCCAGACAGCUGCUCUCUCUCUAAUUCUACCUUUGUGACAGCUAGGCUAGCUUGUAAACAAGAGUAAAACCCCCCGGCAGGGUCUCGGAGAAAUUUCAUGAUUGAACACACCGGUGUUUUUUUGUUACUUACAGCUCCCGUGUACGCCGGUAUUCUUUUCUUCCCGUUUCCACUACAUGUCUUUGCUUUCGACUCUGCAACAUACUGAGACGCUGAUGCUGCCCAAAUGAGCUAACCUCUUAACUGUUUUCAAAGAUAAAAGCAACAUUUUCCACUGGAACCUAAGUCUGCUCCUUGCGGCGGAUGUCUCGUCGCCUCCCUCUGAGGUCGGAGGUCAGUUGGAGUCAGGAGGUGGGUCCUAAGUAGCAGCAGUGAUGCGGGCUUCAGUGGCAGGCUGCAGGAUGAGUGUCGGUGCACUUGUUAAUGGACUGCUGGUCUCUGUGGUCGCAGCACUACUUUGGAAGUAUACCAAGCUGAGUGAGCAUGCUGCCCUGCUGGAGGAAGAGCUGCAUAUGACACAGCAGUCUCAGGAAGUCUCGCAGGCCCGUAUCGACUACCAUGUUGCCCUGCAGGCUCUUCAGGAACACGGCACCCGCAUGGUCUGCACUGGCAAGAUGCAUACCGACCGCAUCUGCCGCUUUGACUACCUCUGUUACUGCUCUGAGGCGGAGGAGUUUGUGUUCUUCCACUCCAAUUCCUCGGUCAUGCUACCUAACCUGGGGUCUAGGCGCUUCCAACCUGCCCUGCUUGACUUGUCUUCAGUAGAAGAUCACAAUACCCAAUAUUUCAACUUUUUAGAGCUCCCAGCUGCUGCUUUAAAGUUUAUGCCCAAGCCUGUAUUUGUGCCAGAUAUAACACUGAUCCUAAAUCGGUUUAAUCCCGAUAACCUAAUGCAUGUAUUCCAUGAUGACCUCCUCCCAGCCUAUUAUACCAUGAAGCAGUAUUCAGAUUUGGAUGACGAGGCUCGUCUUGUAUUCAUGGAGGGCUGGGGCGAAGGCCCACACUUUGACCUCUACCGACUUCUCAGCAGCAAGCAACCGCUUCUCAAAGAACAGCUUAGGAACUUUGGAAAGCUCAUGUGUUUUACUAAAUCUUAUGUUGGCUUGUCCAAAAUGACUACCUGGUACCAGUAUGGGUUUGUUCAGCCGCAGGGACCCAAAGCCAACAUCUUGGUCUCAGGCAAUGAGAUCAGGCAGUUUGCCAGAGCACUUAUGGAGAAAAUGAACAUUACAAGGGUGGAGGAGGCAGAGAAGGAUGGAGGAAGCUCAGAAGAUGAGAAGGAGAAAGAGAAGAAGGAUGAAUACAUUGUUGUGUUCAGUCGUUCAACAACAAGACUCAUACUGAAUGAAGCAGAGCUAAUCAUGGCGCUGGCCCAAGAGUUCCAGAUGAGAGUGGUCACAGUGUCCUUGGAAGAACAGUCUUUCCCCAGUAUAGUCCAGGUGAUCAGCGGUGCUUCCAUGUUAGUCAGCAUGCAUGGAGCUCAGCUUAUCACCUCGCUCUUCCUCCCUAGAGGCGCUGCCGUGGUGGAGCUGUUCCCUUUUGCUGUGAACCCAGAGCAGUACACUCCAUAUAGAACCCUUGCCUCUCUUCCAGGCAUGGACCUUCAUUAUGUCUACUGGAGGAACACUAAGGAGGAGAAUACUGUCACCCACCCAGAAAGACCCUGGGAACAAGGAGGCAUUGCUCACUUGGAAAAAGAGGAGCAGGAGCGAAUUCAGGCAAGCAAGGAUGUCCCCAGGCACCUUUGCUGCCGCAACCCUGAGUGGCUCUUCCGGAUUUAUCAGGACACUUUGGUGGACAUCCCAACCUUUCUGGAAGUCCUCAGAGAAGGCAUGAAGACCAAGCCCAGCUUAAAAAAGGCCAAGGUAGCCAGCACAGUCCAUCCGGGCCGGGUCAGAGAACCCAAAUGUCAAACUUCAGUACAAACCACCAAUGAGGCUAAACUAACAGUCUCUUGGCAGAUCCCGUGGAAUUUGAAAUUCCUGAAAGUUAGAGAGGUGAAGUACGAGGUGUGGAUCCAAGAGCAGGGAGAGAACACCUACAUGCCUUAUAUCCUUCCCCAGCAGAACUAUACUUUUUCAGAGAACAUUAAGCCCUUCACCACUUACCUGGUGUGGGUUAGGUGCAUCUUCAACAAGAACCUCUUGGGCCCUUUUGCUGAUGUUCUUACAUGCAGGACCUAGUACGAACACAAGGCCAGAUUGUUUGUGUGCUGUUUCACACUGUUCCAGACAAUCGGUUUGGAACAGGGGACUGCUGGAUUACAGUUUGUAAAGUGGGAAAUGGUAAAUGUCAUAAGUUGUGGUUCUGAAAUCUUAGAACAGGCUGUUGCAUGGUGCUGCUUCCAUGCCGAGCCCAGGAUGAACUGCAAAAGACUUUGAAGCACAGGGUCAGAAUUUAGCAGUAACAGCCGAUAUCGAAUGAAAAGUUUAUUGCUUUUACUUUAGAAAGAAAGUGCUAAACUAUGUCUCUUCUGAAAAAAAGUAGAAUUCAGAUUUAUUUGUUGAAAAAUAAUAUAUAAAAUGUUUUGUGUAUUAGUCAAAACACUGGUUCUUUACCUUUUACAGUAUGCAAUGCAGUUUCUCUGUAAGGAGCAAAAAGAGAUUUUAGAAAAAGAUGUUUUUUUUUUUUUUUUUUUAUAAAAUGGUUUCUGACUCGUCCAAUGUGGUGUGUGCGCGUGUGC